AUGCCCGACGUCAAAAGGAGCGUCAAGCUCGUCACAGAGCAACACGUCAUAAAUAAGGAUUCCGGCGUCGAAGGAUUUCCCCUCCGAUCGUGGUCUAUUGAGGUAUACCUAAUCAAUGACCACGGGGAGCAGGUAUCGGCGAAUGUCUUUGACAAGGUGACCUACAGGUUACAUCCCAGUUUCGGAGAUCGAGCAACUCAAGUAUUCAAAAGACCUCCUUUCAGAAUCCAGGAAGAGGGAUGGGGUGAAUUUGAUAUGCAGAUUGGCCUCACUGCUGGAGACAAGGAACAUGUUAUUGGACACGAUCUCAAUUUCGCGUCGGCGCGCUAUGAGUCUAAGCACCCCAUUACAUUCAAGAACCCCAAGCCUGCCCUGUUGGCGGCACUACGCGAAUCCGGCCCAGUCCCGGGUGAUGAGAAUGGAGUCAAGUCAAAGCGUUCGGCGGGAGCAGACGAGGGAUCAAAGAAGAAAAAGCGAACGGAAAAGAGCGUUGACAUGGACAAGUUAGCUGAUGGUCUUCAACGACUCGGCGAAGAUGAUCUCCUUCAAGUAGUGCAGAUGGUACACGACAACAAGGCCCCUGACUCCUACACCAAAAACGACGUUGAGCAGGGAGAAUUCCACGUCGACUUGUAUACCCUCCCGGACGGCUUAAUCAAAAUGCUCUGGGAAUUCACACAGGAGAAAGGUGCCCUGUGA